AUGUCUGGAACCAUCCUUCUCACUGGCGGAAACGGCAAAACCUCGUCGAGGGUCGCGAAGCAACUGCACGAUGCUGGUAUCCCCUUCCUGAUGACCAGCCGCUCGCCCCCAGCAGCACCUAAGUUCCCCACCAUCCGCUUCGACUGGCUCGAUGACACCACUUGGGAGGCACCCUUUCAGCACAGCUCUGGGCAGAUUUCCGCCGUAUAUCUCGUCUCCCCGCCCGUAACAGACCCGCUGCCCCCGAUGUCGCGCUUCAUCGACUUCGCCCGCGCGCGCGGCGUCCGACGCUUCGUCCUGCUCACCUCCCGCGCGGCGUACUGCGUCCUGCGCCCCACAUGGUUUAUGGAAAACUUCUCCGAGCAGCAGCACCGCGGCACGAUUCGCGACGAAGGGAAAAUCUACUCUGCGACGCAGGACGGCAAGAUCCCGUUCGUGGCCUGCGAGGACAUCGCCGCGAUGGCGGUCCGCGCACUCACAGACAAGAAGUCGCACGACACCGAACACCUCGUCUUGGGCCCUGAGCCACACCUGACGUGUGUGCAGGUCGCGAAGAUCAUGAGCGACAUCCUCGGGAGGCCUAUCACCCACGUGAAGGUGUCCAAGGAGGAGAUGCAGGCGAAGUUCAUCGCACUCGGCGUCCCCGCGGACUAUGCUCCCAUCCUCGCCGCGAUGGAUGUGGCGAUCUCGAAUGGUGCGGAGGCAAGACUAGACGACGCGGUCGAGCGUGUUACGGGCCGCUUGCCGAAGACAUUCAAGGCCUUUGCUGAGGAGGCAAAGCAGGCGUGGCUGUGA